AGGUUUUUGUUAGAUAAGCAGUGUUAUAAGACGCAAAUUAGGUGGGAGGUGAUGUUUUACCGACAGACUUUGGAUCUUUACAUUUGCACUCAGAAGCCAAGGAGAACACGAAAACUGAAGCUCAAGGGUGAUCAUCAACCACACACCACAUCUUCAGAGUAUGCACUCUCUUUAAUAUGCCACCGUUUUCUACCAGAGUUUGCACAAGCGUUUCCAAGAUGGUUAUGAUGGAUCUGCAUGUUAUGAUGUGGUCAAGGUUCAGUCUUGAAAUAACAAGAGUUGUCAGUUAAUUUGGGAAAUUUUGUGCCAGAAAAGCUCAAUAGCAUUUCAUUUGGUUAUGAUCAAUCAAACGAAUUGGCUAUCCUGAAAAUGCAAGAAUCUUACAAGCAUGUAAUCCCGAAUGUUUCUCAUCCGUUUGGAGAACAGCCUGUGGAAGAGCCGGAGUCUUAUUGUUGGCCUUCCUUCCAGAAUGCUGACCAUCAAGCCUCUGAUGAGGUUAUCCAAGGAACUAAGCUUUCAGUUCAAAGAUUCGAACAGCACUCCACCCUUGAGUCAUCCUCGGGAACCAGUGCCUACCCUGGUCGCAGUUCUGCAUCAAGUUUAAAUUUCUCAGGAAAUGGAAGUCCAGCUUCACAUCCAGAUUUGCAUUCCUACCAGUCUGGUGGCUCUCCUGUCAACCAGUCGUGCAUGUUAACUGAUACGGAUGACCUGGGUCACAAAAUUAGGGAACUGCAAAAUGCUUUGCUGGGAAAUGAUUCAGAUGCCUUUGACGUGUACGACAUCAUAGAUGAGGCUGGGGCGAAUCAAAUUUAUUCAGAAGCAGAACACCGGGAGCAGAUGAUGUUGAUGAUCUCCAGAGGUGACUUGACAGAAGUGCUUUGCGCAUGUGCAAAAGCAUUGGCAAACAAUGAUAUGUCAACGACUGAAUGGUUGAUCUCAGACCUACGUCAGAUGGUGUCAGUUUCAGGUGAGCCAAUCCAACGUUUAGGAGCUUACAUUUUGGAAGGUCUCAUUGCAAGGUUGGCCUCGUCGGGGAGUUCUAUCUGUGCAUCCCUAAGAUGCAAGGAACCUGCCAGUGCUGAACUCCUCUCGUACAUGCACAUGCUUUAUGAAAUCUGCCCAUAUUUCAAGUUCGGAUAUAUGUCAGCAAAUGGGGCGAUUGCAGAAGCUAUGAAGGAUGAAAGUAGAGUUCAUAUAAUUGAUUUUCAGGUAGCUCAAGGUACUCAGUGGAUUACUUUAAUCCAGGCUUUAGCUGCUCGGCCAGGAGGACCCCCACAGAUUAGGAUCACGGGCAUAGAUGAUUCCGCAUCAGCUUAUGUUCGGGGAGGGGGACUUGGUGUUGUGGGACAGAGGUUGUCAAGGCUUGCGGAGUCAUGUAAGGUACCCUUUGAGUUCCAUGCUACUGGAAUUUUUGGCUCCGAGGUUCAACUUGAGGACCUUGAGAUUCGACCUGGCGAGGCUAUUGCAGUGAAUUUUGCCUUCAUGCUGCACCACAUGCCAGAUGAGAGUGUGAGUAGUCAUAAUCACAGGGACCGGUUGAUGAGGCUUGCUAAGAGUUUGUCACCCAAGGUGGUGACUCUUGUUGAACAAGAAUCAAACACCAACACAGCCCCUUUCCUUCCCCGUUUCAUUGACACGCUGAGCUAUUUUAGGGCUGUAUUUGAUUCAAUUGAUGUAGCUCUGCCAAGGGAGCAUAGGGAGCGGAUCAAUGUCGAGCAGCACUGUCUGGCACGAGAAAUUGUUAACAUUAUAGCUUGUGAAGGGGCGGAAAGGGUAGAACGUUAUGAGCUUCUCAGUAAGUGGAGGUCACGAUUCAUUAUGGCUGGUUUUUCGCCUUGUCCUCUGAGCUCCUUCGUAAAUGCAACAAUCAAGACUCUACUGCAGAGUUAUUCUGAGAAGUAUACGCUUGAAGAGAUAGACGGAGCUUUAUAUCUCGGCUGGAUGAAUCAACCACUGGUUGCCUCUUGUGCAUGGAGGUAAAAACACUUGAAAAUUUGUGUUUCUUGGUCUUGUAUUGAACCCUAAGUUAUCUUCUGCUCGUUUGAACUCUUCGUCUUUCGUUUUUUAUUCUCGUUGGGAUAAGUUAUCUUUGGCAGAGUGAUAGUUAUGUUAUGUUGCAACUUGCAAGGGUUAUGCUUUAGCAGAAAUAAAUGAGCCUUUUUCGUAUA